AUGAACUCUGAAGAGUACGGCGGCUCGGGCAGCAGUGGGAACGGCAAACUGCGCCAAUGGCUUAUAGAGCAGGUGGAGAGCGGGAGGUACCCGGGCCUCGUGUGGGAGGACGAGGACAAAAGCAUCUUCAGAAUCCCGUGGAAACACGCGGGGAAACAGGACUACAACAGGGACGAGGAUGCUGCGCUGUUUAAAGCCUGGGCUCUGUUUAAGGGAAAGUUCCGUGAAGGCAUCGACAAACCAGACGCACCGACGUGGAAGACGCGCCUGCGCUGCGCGCUCAACAAGAGCAAUGACUUCGAGGAGCUGGUGGAGCGCAGCCAAUUGGACAUUUCAGACCCAUACAAAGUCUACCGCGUCAUCCCAGAGGACGAGAAGAGAAGACCCAGACCAGAGGACAGUCCACAGAGUCCCAUGUUGUACCCUGUGCCGUCUCCUUACCCCGGCCUGCAGACUCAGAUGCAGCCUUACAUGGCGUCUCCUGCAGAGUGUGGAUGGCGGGAGUACUGUCAGGAGCAGGAGAUGUCCUACCCUCAGUGUCUGUGGACCUCUGCUCCUCCUGUGGACACAGGUUACCAACUACGGGCCUCCAUCUAUUCAUUUGGUCCCUCUGAUGGGCAGCAGUUUCCUUUUGGCCUGGACCCCACCAUACGACCCACAGAGCCUCUCACAGACCCUCGACUUCAUGUGCGUGUGUUCUACCAGGACGCACUGGUCAGGGAGGUCACCACGUCCAGUGUCAAAGGCUGUCACCUCUCCCCGUGUGGCCCAGAGGGAAAGUACUUUGUGCCUCCAGGAGGGCCAGAGUUUGUGCCCGUCCCUGACACGAACAUGUCCCCCAACAACUGUGAGGACAGCCCCCCGAGCCCCUCAUGCAGCCUACACCAGGGUCUGCAGCUGUGGAUGGGCCCUGACGGCCUGUACGGUCAGAGGCUGUGCUCCAGCAGCGUGUACUGGCAGAGUGGACUGUCCUCUUACGGAGACAAGCCCAACAAGCUGGAGCGGGACGUCCCAUCCCGACUGCUGCACACUCAGGAGUACCUCACAGAGCUCCAGGGCCUGGGGCUGCACGGGCGGCUGCUGCCUCGCUUCCAGGUGCUCCUCAGCUUUGGUGAAGAGUGUCUAGAUCCUCAGAGACAAAGGGCAGGUCUCACAGUCCAGGUGGAGCCUCUGCUUGGACACCAGCUUCUGUACUACACUCAGCAGAGCAGCGGCCACUACCAACGCGGAUACGAGUUCACUGGAGACCCCGAGCGCUGUCCCCAACCCCCGGACCCCCAAAGACCAGCCCUCACACACCCCCACCACCACCACCACCACCACCACCACCGCAGCAGCAGCAGCAGCAGCAGGACUGACCACUGCUGA